UAAGAGAUCAAAUCACAGAUGUCGCUCUGUGAUAGUACUGUUCGUUUGUAAUGUGAAGAAACUGCAGCUUGCUUCUACAACAUCCCGAACAAAUACUUUCUUUCUGACAUCGUCGCUCAAAGUGAUCGGAAGCGUCGAAAACUUUUCUGAGAAAUGUCUCAUCGUAAAUUCUCUGCGCCUCGCCAUGGCUCUAUGGCAUUCUACCCCAAGAAGCGGUCAGCUCGCCAUCGUGGUAAGGUUAAGGCCUUCCCCAAGGAUGAUGCCAGUAAACCAGUGCAUUUAACAUGCUUCAUUGGUUACAAAGCUGGUAUGACCCACAUCGUUCGUGAAGCGGACCGUCCUGGAUCCAAGAUCAAUAAGAAGGAGGUUGUUGAAGCCGUAACUGUUUUGGAAACUCCACCAAUGAUUGUUGUUGGUGCUGUAGGUUACAUUGAGACUCCAUACGGUCUCCGUGCUCUCGUCAAUGUAUGGGCACAACAUUUAUCCGAGGAGUGCCGUCGCCGUUUCUACAAGAACUGGUACAAAUCAAAGAAGAAGGCUUUCACCAAAGCCAGCAAGAAAUGGGAAGUUGACUUGGGCAAGAAGAGCAUUGAAAAUGACUUCCGCAAGAUGCUCCGUUACUGCAAGGUCAUCCGCGUUAUUGCUCAUUCACAGAUCCGUUUGAUCAAGCAACGCCAAAAGAAGGCCCAUAUCAUGGAAAUCCAAUUGAACGGUGGUUCUAUUGAAGAUAAGGUUAAAUGGGUUCGUGAGAACUUGGAGAAACCCGUGCAAGUCAGCAAUGUCUUCGGACAGGAUGAGAUGAUUGAUUGCGUUGGUGUUACCAAAGGUAAAGGUUUCAAGGGUGUCACUGCUCGUUGGCAUACCAAGAAAUUGCCACGCAAGACGCACAAGGGUCUGCGCAAGGUUGCUUGUAUUGGAGCCUGGCAUCCAUCUCGUGUGUCCUUCACCGUCGCACGUGCCGGUCAAAAGGGCUACCAUCACCGUACCGAAAUCAACAAGAAGAUCUACCGCAUCGGUGCCGGAAUCCACACCAAGGAUGGCAAGGUCAUCAAAAACAACGCCUCCACCGAGUACGAUUUGACCGAUAAGAGCAUUACACCCAUGGGUGGUUUCCCCCAUUAUGGUGAAGUCACCAAUGACUUCGUCAUGCUCAAGGGUUGUUGCAUUGGCUCGAAGAAGCGUGUGCUCACACUCCGCAAGUCUUUGCUGAAACACACCAAGCGCUCUGCUUUGGAACAAAUCAAACUCAAGUUCAUCGACACAUCGUCAAAGAUGGGUCAUGGUCGUUUCCAAACCCCAGCCGACAAAUUGGCAUUCAUGGGUCCACUCAAGAAGGAUCGCAUCAAGGAGGAGGUUGCCGCCGCUGGUGCUGCCGCUACAUCUGCUACCGCAUAAAUGUAAAUUUAUGUUUGUUAAUUGUAUUAACACUUAAUUACCACAUUGAUUGUGGUAAAAGAUAAAAUAAAUAGUAAAAACCAAAA